AUGGGCAGCAUGAAAUACUUGUAUUUUGUCUUCAUCUUUGUAGCUUUCUUGGUAACUAUUUUUCUUAAUGGUUUCCUCAUUCUUAUUGUUUAUCUAAAAGAGAACCUUCACAAGCCCAUGUAUAUGUUUUUGAGCAACCUGUUUGUAAAUGGCUUGUACUGGAGUGUUGCUCUGUAUCCUCAAAUUCUGAGUAACUUGCUGUCAGAUGUGCAUAAGAUCACCCGCUUCUGGUGCCAUUUUCAGGUAUUUUGUCUUUAUACUUAUGCUGGUUACGAAUGUACCAUACUGACAGUAAUGGCGUAUGACAGAUUUGUGUCCAUCUGUAUGCCACUGCAAUACCACAGAAUCAUGACGCCUGGGACUGUAUCUAAGCUUGUUGCUUUUGCCUGGCUGUUUCCUGUCUUGAUUUUUGGUGUACUUGUAGGAUUAAGUUCCAGGGUUCCAUUGUGUGCCAAUACUACUGACAAAAUGUUUUGUGGAAAUUGGGCUAUUGACACAAAACUGGAAAGCUAUUUUGGGAUCCUUGCAACAGUUUUAUUUCCCUGUGUGUCCAUGCUUCUCGUUCUGAUUUCCUAUCAGAGAAUACUGAGAGCCUGCUUGAAGGCUUCAAAGGAAGCAAGAGGCAAAGCUCUGACUACGUGCCUGCCUCACAUCAUAACGUUCCUGAAGUUCUGCAUAAACGUCCUCUUCGAGGUCAUCAGCCGCCGUCUGGACAACAGCAGUGUGCCGUUAGCGGUGCGGACCUUCCUGUCUCUGCAGUUGUUCAUUGUCCCCCCUCUGCUCAACCCACUCAUUAACAGACUCCGACUGCAGGAAAUGAGGAGCACCGUGGAGAAGGUUAUUUUCAGACACAAGAGUGCAGUACAGCAUAAUUAA